CUCGCAAUAUCACGGACGUCGGGCUAUUUGCAACCCAUGCAGCCACCAUGGCAAUGUACGCGACAGACGUCCAAUUAAGCAUAGUUUCCGCACCUAAACUCUCCUUCCCCACAAUUCGUUUACUACUACCCUUGCUCCGAUGUUAAUACGCCGCCCCAACUAUUAAACCUUCGUGUUUACUCGUGACACUCCAUAGCGCGGCCUCCAUUUUCCGUCAAUGAGGGAUGAGCGGACAUCCUACUGGAUAUGUUAGCAUGACGAUGCUAGGCCUAUUGGUCGCUCGACACUAUAUCUUAGACGUGCUUCCUCGACCCGCCAUUCUUGACUGACAUCUGCAUUCUGAUAUCCCAACUUCGCCAUGCGCCUUCUUAGUUUAGCAGGCCUUAGCUUGACCGCCUCAGUCGCGAGUGCGACACUUCAGAUCGUCCCUGGUGCAACCUGGACAGCAACAAACACAGGUCAGCACAUUCAGGCUCACGGCGCCGGCAUCAUCAAGGAUGGAGGAAAGUGGUAUUGGGUUGGCGAAGACAAAACCAACGGAACAGCUUUCACAAACAUCAACUGCUACUCGUCCACUAACCUCGUCGAAUGGACUUAUGAGGGUGCCCUGAUCUCUCGUACUGCAUCCGGCGAUACAGGACCCAAUCGUGUCAUCGAGAGACCAAAGGUUAUGCACAACAAGCAAACAGGCAAGUAUGUUCUAUGGAUGCAUAUUGACAGCGCCGACUAUGGUGAGGCCAAGAUCGGUGUCGCUGUUGGAGACAGUGUCUGUGGAAAAUACACGUAUUUGCGAAGCGAGCGACCAUUGGGUUUCGAGAGUAGAGAUUCAGGCGUGUUCGUUGAUGACGACGGCAAGGGUUAUCUACUCACUGAAGACCGCAGCAACGGCUUACGUAUCAACGCACUCUCCGAUGACUAUCUCAACAUUACUAAAAAUGUCUACGUCUGGAAAGAGAAAUAUGAGUCCCCAGCCGUCAUCAAACACGAGGGUGUAUACUUCAUGUUCGCUUCACAGCUCACCGGAUGGAACCCAAACGACAACUACUACAGUACAUCAACGGCCCUUUCGGGACCAUGGUCUUCGUGGAAAAAGUUUGCAGACUCAGGAUCAAACACGUACGCUUCUCAAACAACCUUUGUAUUGCCUGUUGGGAACGGAUACGUAUACAUGGGCGAUCGAUGGCAGAGUGAGAACUUGAUGAGAAGCACAUACGUGUGGCUCCCACUUCAGAUCUCCGGGACUACCGCCAGCAUGAAGAACACAGUCAACUGGAUUCUCGACCCCAACUCUGGGGCCACUACCUCCGGCCCCGAAGAAACCUCGUACGAAGGUGAAAGCGCAAACCUUGCUAACGGUGCCAAAUCUCAGGCCUGCUCUUCCUGCUCAGGCUCCAAGGCAGCUGGGUACAUUGGCGGCACCACGUCCGGCUCGGCCACAUUUCCCAAUAUCCAGUCUUCAGCAACGACUCGCACGACGAUGAGGAUCAAGCAUCUCAACGGUGACAAGAGUCAAAGGUAUGCAAAUAUUAGUGUGAACGGGAAAACGCAGAAGCUAGCAUUCCUGCCCCAUGGAGGAGGGGAUCCAGCCAGCUCGGUGAUACACGUCGAUUUGAAGCAGGGUACGAAUGAAGUCAAGAUCAGCGGUAUUGAUGGAGGUUGGGGACCAGACAUCGACAGGAUCUUCGUUCCAGUUAGGUGAUUCAUCAAGGCUUGAGAUCCAUGUUUCAUACUGCCCAAAGCGUUAGGCUUGGUACAAGAGGGGAGAAGAUUUGACCGUGGGCUCCGAAAAAGACAGUAGGAGAUGCGUGGAGUACCUAGGUAUGAUCCCAAGCAUGAUAACUUGAAUGGAGAUUGGAAAAUGUUUGAAUUCGCAAGUUUCCAUUUAAACUUGGUG